AUGGCCAAGGCGUCAAAGGGGAAGGCCCCCGCCAAGAAAAAGAAGUCGCCGAAGCAGACCCCGUUACGAGUGAAUCCUCCCAAGAGCCUUCUCAAGCAAAUGGAGAGCGCUAACGUGGAGCUCGAAAGGAUCAAAGGGGAAGGUCAAGCUGCCAUUCGCCUCAGUGGUGUGACGUCUUCAGCUUGGGAACUGCACCGCGAAUGGGCCUGCACACGCGCCAAGGCCCCACCGCAAGUCGACUUCUUCUUCGCGCCAGUGGCGACGCACUACAAGACGGCGAUUGCCACGCCCAUGAAGCUCGUCGGCCGCAUCCAAGUGGAGAUCGAGAGCCUCUUGAGUUACAUUGAGCCACUUCGCACGACCGACUUUGUGAAUGGGGAACCCCUUGUGCUGCCUGCCCCCCUGUCGGAGCAAGAUCCAGACGACGACGCGCUGUUUCCUGACCCGCCCCUCAUCUUCCGAGACACGCGCAUCGCGAUGACGACUCUUGUCGACGCUAUUGCCAAUCCAGGGCCUUUGUACCGCACCAUCCACGGCUUACGCGAAGGCAGCUACAUCUGCCACCUCAUGUACAUCUGGAAGUCGGUGUUCGUUUUCCUGCCGAUAAUCCGUUCGACGUCGUAG